CCCACUGUCUCAUAGCACCCAACAUCACAAAAGCACCCUGUUGAUAUGAAAGCAUUAUUUCUGUCUUAUGCUGUGUAUAUGUUUAAAUGCUGCAGAGGAGGUGGAUUGUAACCCCAGAAACUAAGGAUGCAGGGGAGUUUCUGCUCCAGCACUUCUCCUCCUCUCUUCCCUCACUGACCUUGGAGUCUGCAUGAUUGCUUCUCUCUCCCAACUUCUUCCACCAUCACCAGCCAGAAAAGCCAGAAGAACAACAAGAAGGAACAGGAAGAACCCUCCUCUUCUGGCUUCUUCAUAAAAAGUGAUCAUGGAGACAGAGGUAAAAGGGACCAGUGAGGAUCAGUGCCUUUUGGCAAAGUCUGCCUGCUGCUUGCAUCUCAAGUACAUGGAUAACUCUUGCCAUAGGAGUUAAAAUUGAAGUUACAAAGGCGCUACUGCACUUCCCACCGUUGUGCGCACACCUACCUUAAUGAUGCAGCCUUCCCUGGAUAUCAAACCCUUUUUGUCCUUCCCUGUGGACAACAGCUCUGCUGUUGGAUUCUUCCCAAAUUUUAACACGAUGGAUCCUGUGCAAAAAGCAGUCAUAAACCAUACAUUUGGUGUGUCCAUUCCCCCAAAGAAGAAACAAGUAAUUUCCUGUAAUGUCUGUCAGCUUCGCUUUAACUCUGAUAGCCAGGCCGAGGCCCACUACAAAGGAAGUAAACAUGCCAAGAAGGUCAAAGCACUAGAGGCAACGAAAAAUAAACCCAAAGUUGGUUCUUCCAAGGACUGCGCAAAGGCUAACACAAGCUGCUGCACCACGUCAGUCUCAGCCAACAUCUCUGACAAAUCAGGGAAACAGUCCUUCACUGCUCCACCGUGGGUCCUCCAUGGGGUCACAAGUCCUGCCAGCAAACCUGGUCCAGCAUGGGCUACUCACUCCACAGAAGAUAAAGGGAAAGCAAAACCCAAUAGUGCAAGUCAGCAGUCCAGUACAGAUGUGGGUCCUUUUCUUCCUAAACCUGGAGUACCAGCAGAGGCACCUGUAACACCUGCCUCAUCCUCCAAGAGCACAAAUGGAACUCCUAACACAAUUGCUGAGUCAGAAGAGGAAAAAGCCAAAAAACUGCUUUACUGUUCAUUAUGCAAAGUGGCUGUGAAUUCCCUGUCACAACUAGAAGCCCACAAUACAGGCUCCAAGCACAAGACCAUGGUCGAGGCUCGUAAUGGUGCUGGUCCCAUCAAGUCUUACCCUCGACCUGGGUCUCGGCUGAAGGUGCAGAAUGGCAGUAAAGGCUCAGGACUGCAGAAUAAGACGUUCCAUUGUGAAAUCUGUGAUGUCCAUGUUAAUUCAGAAAUUCAACUUAAACAGCACAUUUCCAGUAGAAGGCAUAAGGACAGAGUUGCAGGAAAGCCUAUGAAACCUAAAUAUAGUCCUUACAACAAACUGCAGCGCAGCCCAAGUAUUUUAGCAGCGAAACUUGCAUUCCAGAAGGACAUGAUUAAGCCACUGGCACCCGCUUUCCUUUCGUCUCCGCUGGCUGCAGCUGCAGCUGUUUCGUCAGCUCUGUCCCUUCCUCCCCGUCCCACUGCCUCCUUGUUCCAGGCACCUGCAAUACCACCAGCUCUCCUCAGGCCAGGCCAUGGCCCCAUCCGGGCAACACCUGCCUCCAUACUUUUUGCACCUUAUUGAUUUAUUGAUGUCAGAAGAGAUAGCUAUGGCCAGUAAAAAGAGUAAAAAAAAGCAGGAAAGGGGUCAAAGUUUUAAAAAGUCUUUCUCUUUUGAAAUUACAUCCAGCCUGUCAUCUCAUCCACCCACACCAUAACAUUCAUCACUGACGGUACUGCAUUUUGGAGUCCAGACAACAGUCUUUCUCUGUCUCUCCUUUUUUAAUCCAAAUACAAAGUGAUUUAGUAAAAACUUAAAUUGCUCAUAAAAUGUAUACCAUUAAAGAUUUAUACAUCUUAUUUUUUUUUUCAAUGUGUAUGUUGCAUCUAACAAUGAUCAUAAAAUACUUUCCUGACAGACUUGAAAACUAGGGUCUUCCGUGGUCACACUUAUGUAAAUACUUCUCUGAAAACCAAUGGGGUGUAAUCUGGAAGAAAAGGUAGAUGAACCAAAUGCUUGAUUGUGGAUAACAUCUCAUGAAAUAAUUGAGUCUCUUUUUUUUGUUUGUUUUCAGUGUGCUCUUGUUGACAGGGAUUGUGUACUGUCCUAGGCCCCAGUACUGGUGUAUCUUGUGUAGUACUAAAGAUGUAUCACAUGUCUGAUUUUAAUAUUUUUAGUUUCUGUGCAAAUGUUUGAAAGCAAUGCAGCGCUGAACCUUCUAAUUAUUUCUUUUGUGUCACACUUUAUUUAGAGAAAUAUAAAAUAGAAAGCCAUAUAACAUAUAGUUAAGAUUACUACUUUUUUGCUACAUUCAUUUAACUUAUUUUUGUUAUUUCUUCACUGGUGUUGCUAAGCAAUGUUUAAAAAUAAAACAAGCUUCUCAACUGCACAUCACCACAACUCACAUGCAUUGUUCAAGAAGACAAUGGAUCUAUAUGUUUGGACAUAAAUAUCCUUUUUUCUUCAUUUCUAUCUAGUUUCCUUUGUAAUGAUGCUGCAUAAUGUUGUGGCUCCCUAAUGCAAUAAUGUACAGUACACAAAAUAUUUAUAAUUGACUGUAUUAUCUAUUUACUGAAUAUACUGCAGUAAUGCCCCACCUACCUUCUUACCUCCCCGACUCUUUUAUAAAGGUGAUAUCGAUAUGCAGUACUCAGAUUGACUUAGUUCUAUGAUAAUUGGGACAACAGGUGGAAGAGAGGAAAAAAAAAUAGAGUUAACUUUUAGAGCAUCUUUAUCUGCAAUCCAUAAUAGUAAAAUGUCUGUGUAUUUUUUUAAAUGUACCUUUUCAAUAAAAUAAUAAGAAAAAUAUA